ACCGCCAGCUGAUGGAUUUGGGACGCAGCCCCGCCCACCGUGCGUGCUUACGUCACUGGACUCCCCUCCCUUCCCUUUAAUCCGUGGAGAAGGAAAAAAAAAUGGCCGCCACGGCGAUGGACGUCUCCGUGACAGACGCGCGGCUUAGCGAGGCGAAAAAGUAUGAGUACUUCAGCUCGAUCAACUCUAUGGCCCGUAAGAUCAUGCAGGAGCGAGAGAAGAUCAAGGAGAAGUACGGCUCGGCCUGGGAGGGCAUGUCUCCAGAGGAGCAGGACACGGCCAUCGACGACGGGAUGAUGGAGCCGAGGAUCCGCGCUCGAUACACUAUGCACCGGACCGACCGAGAGGAAGUUCCCUGCUACCCCAAAAUGGUGAUCCAGACCGGGCAAAAGAUCGUCCACUUUGGAGAGGAGGAUAUAACCUGGCAGGACGAACACUCUGCGCCUUUUUCUUGGGAGACCAGAAGUCAGAUGGAAUUUAGCGUAAUCGGCGGCACCCCUGAGCCCGCCUCGGUGUCCGCCGUGACCGAGUCCAAGCCCCGAACUUCUCAGAGCGGAAAGCUGCCCGGGAUCGAGGGCUCGGGGUCGAGUCGUCGCGACGAGGAGUCGUCGUUCUGGAAGCUGAACGCAGAGAGGUCGAGGCUGGAGGGAGAGAAGGCCGACUUUCAGUCGCUCACACCCAGUCAGAUCAAGUACCUGGAGAAAGGGGAGAAGCCGCUGCCGCCGUACCUGAGGUCAGAUUCCGGGUCCAGGGAGGCGCAGGAGCCUGCGGGAGGUCGCCCCGGCAAACCGAGGGUGUCCAAACCUCUGGCUCCACCCCCUCCUGCCCCGGUCAGUCUCAGCCCUGCGCCUCUGAGCGUCCCCCUUGCGCCUCUGAGCGUCCCCCUUGCGCCUCUGAGCGUCCCCCUUGCGCCUCUAAGCGCCCCCCCAGCGGCUCUUAGCGCCCCCCCUGCACCAAUAAAUGUCUCUCCGGUGCCACUGAGCAUCACCCCAGCACCUGUUGUGCCCCUGGGCGGCUGGGAGAGGGCACAGUCCACGCUGCCGUCCGUCAGCAGCACUUUGGACGACGUGUUCAGUCCCGGCCUGGGCACCAAAACGCCGUCAGAGACAACUAGAGACAAAGUGAAGGAGGACGAGACGCAAAUUGAAAGCCCUGCCUUUUCACAGUACAAUACGAGCAGUGCCAUCCUGAAGACCGGCUUCGACUUCUUGGACAACUGGUAACAUCGGAACCUGACCUCAAGCAGCCAACCUGUUCCAGACGCCAGGACCGCCUCCAUCUCACACACACACACACACACACACACACACACACACACACACACACACACACACACACACCAAGAAGGCUACAUCUUAAACACUAUAUAAAGCUAGAACUGGUAUAGACCUGCAUUUGAGUUUGGUGUGCAAAGUUCUAAUCCCCCAAAGGGGUAUUUAUUUCCCCCCUCAGUAUGUUGUAUUGAUAUACACCUACAUGGGCAAAAAAUGUUGGACACCUGACUAGAAGAUCAGGUGUCAGGUGAAUUUGGUCGAGAUUCUGUGGAGAAUUUGGUCGAGAUUCUGUGGAGAAUUUGGUAGAGAUUUUAAUAUUUCUGUGGAGAAUUUGGUCGAGAUUCUGUGGAGAAUUAGGUUGAGAUUCUGUGGAGAAUUUGGUCGAGAUUUUAAUAUUUCUGUGGAGAAUUAGGUUGAGAUUCUGUGGAGAAUUUGGUCGAGAUUUUAAUAUUUCUGUGGAGAAUUAGGUUGAGAUUCUGUGGAGAAUUAGGUUGAGAUUCUGUGGAGAAUUUGGUCGAGAUUUUAAUAUUUCUGUGGAGAAUUUGGUUGAGAUUCUGUGGAGAAUUUGGUUGAGAUUCUGUGGAGAAUUUGGUCGAGAUUUUAAUAUUUCUGUGGAGAAUUAGGUUGAGAUUCUGUGGAGAAUUUGGUCGAGAUUUUAAUAUUUCUGUGGAGAAUUAGGUUGAGAUUCUGUGGAGAAUUUGGUCAAGAUUUUAAUAUUUCUGUGGAGAUUCCGGUGAAAGAUUCUGUGGAGAAUUUGUACUCAUUCAACCACAAGAGCAUUAGUAAAGUCGGGUAUUGAGGUGUUCAAUUGGUUUAGAGCUCUAUAGCAAGAGAUCUUCCACCUCUUCACACCCGUGGAAAGCAGAUCUUUGUGGAUUUGUGCAUUGUGUCCUUAUACAUUUGUCCAUACAUUGUGUAUAAUAUGCCGAAGGAUCUCACAAAGCUAACUUUGCACCCCAAACACGCCACACGCUCAUCUGGUUUGCUACAAUUGGAGUGAAGUUUGUUCCUUAAAAAAUAAAAUAAAACAUUGCUCAUCUCUCAGUAACUGUACCGAUUGUAGCUUUAAAACGAGAAAUCUGCAUGUAUUCACUAUUUGGCAAUAAGACAAUAACAAUAACAGAAGGUAUUUUGGUAGAAUAUCGCUGAUGUCAUGCUCAUUAGCGAUUUAGAUCGCGAGGCCGUUGGGACGUUGUGCCUUGUAUCUUCUCUUUUUUUCCUGUUUUUUUUUUUUCUUUUCUCCUUUAAUUAUUUGAUAUUUAGACCCGAGUACUCGUGCAGCACCGCUUCGGACAGUAGUUAACGAAGCUAUCGAACGCAUUUUUACACUACCGUGGGGUAUUUCCUGGACUUUUUUUCAUACCCUUUCUGUCAUUUCCGCCUCCUGUCAUGUGACGUGUGAUCAAAUAAUGUAUUUAUGAGCUCUCAGAUGAAUCCUUCAUCAUCUCCUCUCGUCGUCUUUCUUGAUCGAUGAAUGUUGGGCCUCAAGACGAUACUUUUAUUAUUAUUAUUAUUAUUAUUAUUAUUAUUAUUAAAAAAAAUUCAAGUAAA